UUGAGCGAGCCUGAUGUUGAUAAUUCGAUAAAAGUAGAGAAGUAACGAGAUAAAGGAGCACGCCAACUUUCGCGAGCGCGACCUUGAAUACGUGCACACGUAAAGUUCAAUAAUCCGUCAAAACAAAAGAAGGCAUACUAAGGAAUCAAGCGAGACCAUUUUUAAUGUUAAGAAGUGUGCGUUUACUUUCUCUACCAACGAAAAGGGUCUCAGUCAGAAGCACAGUAGAAGAGGAAAGUGAAUUGACAGACAAAGAAGGCAGCUAACCUCCAACAGGAUUGCAAGUCUCCGAGUACGUGACCUAGAAGAUUUAGAUUUUGUUUUGUGAAUUUAGCGCCUUGAACAAUUUGGUACACUACCGAGCUAGUGGUGGCAAGUGUUGCGUUUCUUCGUCUCUGGAUUUCUUUCAUUUUUACACCAGAGCUUGAUUGUGCUUAGUGUUUAUCGUGAGUGUAUUACUUCAUUUAAAAAUUAACGAUACACUUUUCCUUUGUCUACACAAUUUUACUAUUUUCUCUGAUAUUAAAUUGAUAAUAGCUCUUUUUUUACAAUUCUUGCACAAGUCUUUAAUUACUAGCUGACACAUCUUUGAACUUAACCUCACUUCUUAGUGAAAUACAUCGAACCUCAACGUGCUUUAGUACAUUCAUUAACUUUAAUUGAAAAAAUGACAGAAGAAAAGUUCUACUCCUUCGAAAAAGAUGGUACCUAUUGCAUAGGUUUUCCAAACAGGUAUGCUCUUUCUGAAAAAGAAAUUGAAGAUAUUUUCUCGGAAUAUGGCUCUGUAAUUUCUGUAAGAGCUAGCGGCGAUGAACGAGGUUUUCGCUUUGUGAGAUACAGAACAACGGAAGAAGCUGAAAAGGCAGUUGAUAGUCUGAAAGGACAUAAGAAAAUACGAAUUUUACCUAAGAAACCGAAGGUCCAGAAUGGCAACGAAAAAGGAUUAUUGAAAGAAAACCAAAAGAGCGGGAAAAGUUUCGGCUAUCAAAGGAAGAGUAAUCAAAAUUACCAAAAUGAAGAUGGGAAUGACGAAGAUUUGAACAAUUCGUUUAUAGCCGAUGAUUCUCCCGUUGCUCAAUUUGCAAGUCGCAAGAAACCUAUUCCAUACGGUGGAACAUACAACAGCCAAGCGAGAGAUUCUUCUGCCGAUACAGAAUGUAAGGAAAAAGUGAAUGGAAAAGAGGAAAAUGAAAAUUUGAUUAAGCUAUUGAGACUUCGCGCUACACGAGGAGUCGUCGCAAAUAAUUUUGGCUCUGAUUCUGCUUCAAUUUUCGAUGAAGACAACGCGCCAAAGUGCCAAGAUUCUAAAAAAGAGGACAGUGAAAGUGACGAGGAUAAGAAGAAAGAUAAUGAAGAUACAUCCAAAAUCAAUGAUCCUUUCGCUUCCUUGAAUCGACAAAAAUCGACACGAUGCAAUGGACACCUAAGAACAAAAGUUCGUUCGGAUGUGGCAGAAUUCUUGGGCAAGUGUACCAAUGAAGAUCAUGAGCAGUUAUCCAAGAGAUUUCAACAGCGUUCUAUGCGACUUCGUGCAAAUAAUUGUUUGUACGAUUCCAUUUUAAAUAUUUCUGAAGAAAGUGACUCAAAAAUCCGAGAUCCAUUCACCACUAAAUUACGAAUCGACGACGAACCUCCUGAGCUGAUGUCUACCGAGGAACUUAAACAGAGAUCAAUAAAGGGUUCGGUUUGCGGUGACGAAGUUAUGAAGACCAUUCCGGCGGAAGAGGUUAUAAUAGCGAACGUUCAAGAAGGCGUCAGUGAGCUCUACAUUUUGUAUCUUCUGGAAAAGUUUGAGCCGAUUUCGAUCACCGAGAUGAAAAUUAUCCCAGAAAAAGGUAUUCGAUAUUGUAGCGUUUACUUUAAAUCUACGGCGGAUGCAAUUGCUGUUGAAAGGCAGUUUGACAAUUUUGGCCUUUCUGGCAACAAUCUGAUUGUCCGUACGCCUCAACUGCUGAUGAGCGAAGUAGGCACUGGCUGAACGAUGGUAUGAAAUUUCUCACGGUAACCCAUGAAUUGCACAAAUGUCAAAAUAACACACAAACCUCAAGUUCUAUACGUUUAAAAAAUGUUUUAACUGAGUGCUGUAGCGAAGUUAUUUGAUUAAAAGCAUCUACACUUCCUAAAGAAGAUACAUGAUUUUUAAAAUAGAAAUUAUGUUUGCUUUAUAACUUCAAAGAAGAAUCUUUGACAUAUUUCAUUAUCAACAGUAUGUAUCUAUUUUAAAAGCAUGGCUGUGGAAGAAAUUUGAUUCGCACUUCACUGAAAGAAAUGCGAUUGAGAUUUGAUUUUUAUUCCAUAAUCGUAAUGGUUAAUUCUAACUUAAGAAUUAAAUAAAAAAUUGAAUUUAACAACUAUAUGAUCAAACACGUUUCUCAUGAUUUUUAUUUCCAUGUAGAUUCACCAACCUGUUGUAAAUUACGACUCUAGUAGUGAUAUUGCAUUCAACGAAUAUUGACGUUCACAGUGAUUCAAUUGUAUAAAGGUGAUACGCAGUUUAAUUUCAGACAAUAAUUUCAGAAAUAUUUUGUCAAGAAAAUUCUAAAUUUCCUGAAAUUAAUAUUUUUCUCUGAAGAUACUAAACACUUUUCUCAUCAAUAUUCUUAAACAAACUCUUUUUAAGCAUUUUCAAAUCACAUGUUGAUGGUGCAAUUCAAUGUUGAACCGAUCGUUCCAAUUAACAUUUUCGAUCUUGAAAGGAGAGACAAUAUAAUAUAAUCUUCAAUCAUGCUAUUUUUAGUAAUUGAGAGAACAUGCUGUUUCCUUUCUCCACGCUACAGUUUUCUUACAAAUAACGACGUUUGUGUGUAUUCAAAUUACAGAAGAAACCGUCAUCCAACAUGAAAUGAUAAUGUAUUGAGUUAUGUCUCAAUUAUUAAGAUGUAUUGCAAAUCAGCUUAUGAAAAUGAAAUAUCAAGAACUGUUUUCUUCGUUCAUAUUACCUUAAUCACUUUUUUGUAUAUUCAAAAAAUGUAAUUAAUAACAUACUUUAUAAAAAAUAGUAACGAAGGUGCUAAUUGUUCAUUGAUUUAAAUUUACAAACCUAUGUUCCAUGUUAAAAUGUCAUUAAAGUGUUUGUAUAAGUACAAGGAGAAAAGCCAGGUAAAACUGCCGCGCUAGCGUUGAGAGAGUCGCUGGACUUCGACUUGGUGUAACGUCUGCACCAGAUUCGGGGCACUAGUUACCCCAAACUAUCGGGGAGCAGUCGCUCCGAAAUGUGGGUCCCAUAGUUUCUUAAACGGCGCAAAUUCGGAAUUGUGCCGCAAGCGCCGCGUGUAUCGAAUAGCUCGACUAUACUGUUGUUUAAACGGUUGGACCUGUUCGGAGUAACGGCUCUCCCGAAACAGUUAAGCCGUUCUAACAAGCAGAAGUGGCGCUGUUCCCUGUGUGAUUGACGGAAAGAUUGUACUAAUUGGGUGCGUAGAUUUACCUAACUUUUCUUUAUGUAAUUAUAUGCCCAAAUGUACUGGGGAGUGAUACUUGAAACUUAUGGGUGGACAUAAGAGUAGAACAACAGAAUUAUGUAUUCAAAUGGCACUUCAAAUAGGUUUAACUAUUGCACACCACACAAGUUCGUAGCAAUAAGUAUAUAGAAAACAAUAAGUGUGAAUGGACUGUUAUUUCUCCUAGUCACACAUUUUUAUUGAUUAAUUAUGCUAAAGAUUCACCAAUUUUAUGUAUUAUUUUAAGGAGUGUAAAAAUUCAUGGUUGAAUCUAAAGAAUCUCUGAACGUAUGUAAUUAUCUUUUAGAAAUUAUUUUGAACCGCUUUUUUAAAUUACCCAAAAUCAUUGACUUUAUGCAAAGAUACAUAAUUUAUUAUCAUAAUUGACGCAGAUAUUGAAGAUUCAAUUGUUGGAAUUCCUUAAUAAUUAUGCCUCGAAGAAUGGAGAAUUUCUUUAUAUAUGUUACAAUCAUCUUGCGGGCGCAUAAAUUUAAGAAAAUCUAUAUUAUUAGUAUUCCAUAAUUUUAGUUCAUUGGAUUAUAAUAUUGCUUUCCGAAAUACUGAUAAUUGUAAUACCCUAUCUUGUUUCCUUCAUAAUAUGUAAAAUUACGACGAAGAUAUUCUUUUCCUUGUUUACUUUAUUCAUUAAUAUUUUUCUGAUUUUUCUUACAAAACUUCCAUGUAAAAUGUUUCUUAUAAGAGUCGAAGUUUUAUGGACAAACCUACAAAUAUCUUUUUUUUUAUGAAAUCCUAUAACUUUUGCCUUAAUGGGCAAUAUGUAAAAUAGCUUAAAGGACAAUAUCGAGCAAUGUUCCAGCAUGUUCAACAUUUAUUGUACCUACAUUCAUCUGCCUGCUAUUAUAUAAUCUAUUUUGUAAACAGUACUACGUGCUAAAUAAACUUUUUUUUGUAAAGGA